ACACUAUUUAUACAAAAUAGUAGUAUAUUUCUAUACAAUUAAGUGUAGUUUUGUAUUAUUUUCUAAUACUUGAAAUUUUGAAAUAUAAUUACGUAAAAAAGUAAUAUUUUAUACAUUUGUGUUAAGUGCAAAGAUUUGACGUAUAUGUUGUAGUGUCUAUACAUUAGUGGAAAACAAUCUCUAAGUUAACCUAAUAAAAUCGGCUUACGUAAUCUUUAUAGUUUCAAAACAGAUUUUGUAAUUGUCCUUAAUGAUUUUAAUUGUAAUCAAUAACUAAGUUUUCUCUUAUAACACAACACAAGAAACAAGCAUUCACAAAAGAAAGCUGUAAUAUACAUGAUGAACAUCAUCAAUACCUACAAACUUUUCACCUGUUCUAUUCUUAAAAAUUCCUGGAAGUAGCAGACAUACUUGGCUCUAAAGAUUGCCAAAAAAGAAGCAAACUUUAUCACUUAUAAUAUACAAAUAAACUUAAACUGAAAGCAACAUAUCCCAUAACACCACCCUAUAUAAACCUCCAUUCAUCCCUCAUAUUCUUCAUUCAAUCUCUUCUCAUUUCACCACAAACACACAAAAAUGACAUUUCCCUCUUCAAAAAGAUCAUCCCUUUUCUUCUUUUUCCUUUCCCUUUUCGCCCUUUCAACCUUUGCCCACGAGUUCUCAAUCGUGGGGUACGCCCCCGAGGAUUUAACAUGCAUUGACAAAGUCAUCAACCUCUUUGAAUCAUGGCUCUCAAAACAUGAAAAAUUGUAUGAGAGCAUGGAAGAAAAGCUACAUAGAUUCGAGAUCUUCAAAGACAACUUAAAGCAUAUUGAUGAAACCAACAAGAAAGUUAGCAACUAUUGGCUAGGACUCAAUGAGUUUGCUGACUUGAGUCAUGAAGAGUUCAAGAACAUGUUCUUAGGACUCAAGGGUGAGAUGCCAGAAAGAAGAGAGGAAUCAACUAAAGAAUUCACUUAUCAAGAUUUUCUUCAUCUCCCAAAAUCUGUUGAUUGGAGAAAAAAAGGAGCCGUUUCACCCGUUAAGAACCAGGGUUCAUGUGGUAGCUGUUGGGCAUUUUCAACGGUGGCUGCGGUGGAGGGUAUAAACCAAAUCGUGACUGGAAAUUUAACAGUGUUAUCAGAACAGGAGUUGAUUGAUUGUGAUACAAGCUUUAACAAUGGUUGCAAUGGAGGUUUAAUGGACUAUGCCUUCUCCUUCAUAGUGAAAAACGGUGGGCUUCAUAAGGAAGAAGAGUAUCCCUAUAUCAUGAGCGAAGGAACUUGUGAUGAAAAGAAGGAUGUAUCAGAAAAGGUGACGAUAAGUGGGUAUCAUGAUGUACCUCAUAACAAUGAAGAUAGUUUUUUGAAAGCACUUGCAAACCAACCUAUUAGUGUUGCAAUUGAUGCUUCUGGUCGCGAUUUCCAGUUUUACAGUGGGGGUGUGUUUGAUGGACAUUGUGGAAGUGAUUUGGAUCAUGGAGUUGCAGCAGUUGGAUAUGGAAGCAACAAGGGACAAGAUUAUAUAAUUGUGAGGAAUUCUUGGGGGCCAAAAUGGGGAGAGAAGGGUUACAUCAGAAUGAAGAGGAAGACUAGUAAAAGUGAAGGGAUGUGUGAAUUCAUAUCUUCAAAACCUUAUUCACCUAAUAUUACAAGUGAGAUAAAGAGAGAUGACAUAUUGGUGGAGAGGAAAGUGAGAAGCACAUCAGAGGUAGCUGUUGAGGAGAGCAGAUGGAGAAAGCAUAUGAAGGUGAGUAGCAAGGGAGGAGAGCAGAAAUAA